GGCAGGGACAGGAGGUUGUCGUCGAGGGAAGGCGCGAAGGGACCGGGCCUCCUAAUUACGGUGUCAGUGGUCGAGCUGGAAACUCCCCAUCCCACCCUUUUGCAACAUUUUGGCUACAAAACCAGGCAGGGCUCCCUACCCCUUCCACUGAAGCUUCCUCUUCCUGUGCCGCGGGGGGCAGAGGGGUCACGGCGGCUGCCCGGGGCUGGGCGAUGAGCACGGGUGCCGGGGGCUGCUGACGGAGGACGCUCACUGGGGCAGGCUGCCGCAUCCGUCGUCUUCCUGCCCGGCUCAGCCCCGAGAUGGCCUUUCAGAGAAACCAGAAGCUGAAUCUGCUGAGGCUGGCCGUGCUGAUCAUCGUGGCUGUGGCAGGGGUCAAGUUCCUCUUCCGAGACAGCCUCACCCUGGAGCUGCAUAAACACACAGGCCAAGAUGGCGGGUUCUGGGGGCGGGCCAGGGGCUCCCAUGAGGAGCCUCGGGCCCAGGGGCCACCCGGGGCCCCUCCCGCCGCCCAGCGCACCGAUCUACGGCCGGAGCCGCCUCAGCGCCCACAGCGCCCGCAGAGCCCGGCGCUGAGCGGGGCAGAGACCAGGCUGGUCCAUCUGGACCUGAAGGGGGCCGCCCCCAAGAUCUCCUACCUAGAACAGCUCUUCCCACUGCUGUCCCAGCUGGGGGCAACCGGGGUGCUGGUGGAGUAUGAAGACAUGUUCCCCUUCCAAGGGGACUUGGGAAUUCUCCGCUCCCCCUAUGCCUACAGUGAGGACGACAUUGAGAAGCUGCAGCAGCUCGCCGCGCAGAACAAGCUGACCGUCAUUCCCUUGGUGCAGACCUUUGGCCAUGUAGAGUUCAUCCUGAAGCACGGGCGGUUCCAGCACCUGCGCGAGGUAGCGCGUUACCCCAACAGCCUGAACCCGCACGCGCCGGGCACGUGGACCUUGCUGCGGGCGCUGCUCACCCAGGUCAUGGACCGGCACCGCCCAGGCCGCUGGCUGAUACUCGGUGCCGAUGAGGUUUUCCACCUGGGGGAGGGUGGUGGACUCGAAGACGUGGCUGGGCACCACGGCGGGGACGUGGACCACAUGUACCUGGGCCACAUCCGCGAGGUCGUGACCUUCCUGACCGGCCAGUACCCGGGCCUGCGGCUGCUGCUCUGGGAUGACAUGCUGCGCAAGAUCCCCGCUCAAGUCAUCCGAGAAUCUGGGAUCACCCAACAUGCAGCUCCUGUGCUGUGGUUCUACACCCCGGACUUGGACACGGAGCAGAUAGGGAAGAUCAUCACCAAGUACGCAGAGAGCGGCUUCAGCACGGUGUGGUUUGCCAGUGCAUUCAAGGGCACCACAGGCCCCGCGCAGAUGUGGACUCCUCUCAAUCACCACCUCAAGAACCACCUGAGCUGGCUGAAAGUCAUUCAGGCUAUGGCCAAGUUCCCAACCAUCCAGUACCAGGGCAUUGUGCUGACUGGUUGGCAGAGGUAUGACCACUACUCGGUGCUGUGUGAGCUGCUGCCCGUGGGCAUCCCAUCCCUGGCCCUCUGCCUGCAGACCCUGGUCAAUGGGGGUUUCACAGACACAACCAAGAAACGGAUUCUGGAGCUGCUGGGAUUUCAGAACAUCCACCUGGAACAGAGCACCUGCGAGGGCACCGGCUCCUUCCCCGGCUCUGAAAUCUACCACAUGGUGGAGCGGGUCAACGUACAGCUGAAGGAGAAGGCGCUCAAGGUCCUGGAGGAGGAGAGUGCCAUCGAGGGUUGGUUCAGUCGCUACCACCGCAGACACCGCUUUGGCAACCCCCGAAACCUGGAGAGCUUUGGCAGCAAACUGAUCAAGACCUUCGAGGACUGGGAGAGCUUCCUGCAGGGCUUCCGGACCCGGCUGGAGGCCGUGUUCUUCCCAGACACGGUGGAGGAGUGGCUGGAGGAGAACGUCAACGUCCAGCUGGAGCCGCUGAGAGAGCUGGUGCACGACUACCGAGAGGUCAUCCAGCUCAACGGACGCCCAAAGAGCCGCUAGCCCUCACCCCGGCGGGGCCCGGGGCCGGGCCCUCCCUCUCACCCCCUGCCCACUUCCCCAUGGGGAGCGGAAAAGGGGCAUGGGGCGCGGAGGGGGUGUGGGGCUUUGUUGCGAGAGUAGGUCAGGGUUACCGAGUACAGGGUCACCGGGUACAGGCCUUGGACGUUCUCUGUUCACUUCCCAGUUGUUCCCUUCCCCUCCCCCUGGCUCGUCCACCGCGGGAGGCCCCUGGAGAGGUUGGGGGUAGGGCGGGGGCAGGGGCAGGGUCUCCCGAGCUCUCCUCCAGCCCUUGCUCCAGGCCCUCAGAGGUCAGCCCCUCACCCCGAACCCUUAUGUUCUCAGCCCCUCUUCCUAUCUGUACUGAAGCCUCUCCUCCUUUUGCCCCUGCCAACUUUGGGGGGUCGCUGUUCCUGGGGCGGGGCACACCCGAGGCUCCUGGGACCCCAGACUGAGCCGGGACCCGGGGGGCUGGGAGCAGGGGAGAGGGGGCGCCCCACAUUAAGCGUUGAGAGAUGGGGGGAGGGUUGAAUAAACGUUCAAGAGAAGCGGACCCCCGGGGCCAGUUAGGACUCGGGCCCGGCGGGCGUGGGCCUGGGGAGGACGGUUUGUUUUCUAGUUGAUAAAAUGCUGGUGUGAGCCCGACAUCCAGAAUUAAAACGUAUUUUCCUACAUUGA